GUAAUGAUGAUGGCGGUGUGAUGCAGGCAAGGGUAAUGCACGUCGCGCGCGCGAUGGAGGUCCAGCAGGGCAUGCAGGCUGUGGCGGCGGCAAGUGUUGGGAGGGGCGUGCUGGGCUCGGGCUCGGGCUCGGGCUCGGGCUCGGGCUCGGGCUCGUGGUCGGCGAGCGGCGGGGCAAUGAUGCCCGCGUUGGUGCGCAGACGGCAGCGUUCGGCGUCACCGGCGAUGGAACUGGUGUCGUCAGCGAUGGUCUCGCCGCUGGCCGACAGUCUGCAGCGUCAGCAUGCGGCAGAGGACGAUGACUCGGACGAGGCGGCGCUCUCGCUGAUGGACGCACUGCGGGGACUAUCGAUGGACCUUGGAUCAUGGGAUGGGUCUGCAUCGCCGUAUUUGGCGCAGCUGCACGCGUAUGCGGGGCCGCUAGUCGCACCCGAGACCGAGGCCGGAGAUGGCAACGCCGACGGCUCUGCGAGCAUGCGACUGUCGCAGCUCGUCGAGUCUGAGAGCCUCCGGGUCUCAUCGCGGAUAUCUGAAGUGAUCGCCAAGGCCGAGGCGUCGCUGGCACAGUCGCAGCAGGAGCUGGACCUCCCGAUAGAUAGAGGCAGCGACGGGCACGCGGCUUGCCGGGCAGAGAUUGCGGAGCUGCGGCUGCGGCUGAAGAACGAGGUGAUCGCGAGGCAGCAGGUUGAGUCGGAGCUCCGGGCCGAGGUGGCGGCACGUCUCGAGAUAGAGGCCGAGCUGGAGGCUGUCCCCGAUAGCACAUCUAGUUUACGGCGUGACAGGCUCGAAGCACAGGCGUCGGUCGACUCCUUGUCGUCGGUCUCGUCGCUCGACCAGCUGCGGCAGUCGAUGUCGGGACUGCUGCGGCCAGGGAGCUCGGCGGAUGGACCAGCGGCCAAGCUGGUGAUCCACGUCCGCGCAGGGAACGACGGGACACGGAUGCGCGUGGUACGUGCCGAGGCAUCGGGGCAGCGGCGGCGCAAGCUGUGCGACGGCACGCUCGGGCCGGGCCUGUUCGACCCGAACCUCCGGCCGCCAGGCCUAUUCGCGGCAAUGGGCUGA